AUGGAGUCGCGAGUCAGUAUUCCAGCGACGCUGGUGCAGUUUCUGAUGCGCAGCCAGCCGCCCAGUAGUCGAGGCGAGUUCACGCUCCUUAUGACGGCUAUUCAGACCGCGGUAAAGGUCGUUGAGAAGCAUAUUCGUUCGGCUGGAAUGCAGGGUCUCUUUGGAUACCUUAGCGACAACACUGCCAACGCGACUGGAGAUACGCAAGCGAGGCUUGACGUGAUAUCAAACAAUGCAUUCAAGGCUUAUUUGUUGUCAUCAACGGGGGUUGCUUUUCUUGGUAGUGAGGAAGAAGAGUCCCUUGUGUUGGUGGAAGGGGAUCGUCAAGGAAAUUAUAUUGUUUUUUUUGAUCCACUCGACGGAAGCAGCAACAUCGACGCAAACAUAUCCGUUGGCUCCAUCUGGGGCAUCUGGCGUGUGCCUGCGGAGAUGAAAAUCGCAAACAUGGAGGAGGCCACUGCAGUACUAAAGCAGUUGUCGGGAAAAUGCCUUGUGUCGGCUGGUUACGCCAUGUAUGGAACAGCCACAAAUCUGGUGCUAACUACCGGGUACGGGGUGGAUGGAUUUACGCUGGACCCGACUAUUGGUGAGUUCAUUCACACGCAUCCGCACAUCACACUUCCAGCAUCCCGGCCUAUUUACAGUGUAAAUGAAGGAAACUUUCGAAGCUGGGAGCCAUGGUUCCAGAAUUAUUUACAUCACAUUAAAUCGGAAUCAAAGGAUGGGUACACUGCACGCUACAUCGGUUCAAUGGUUGCUGACGUUCAUCGCACACUGCUUUAUGGUGGUAUUUUCUGCUAUCCUAGUGAUCGCAAACGACCAGAAGGAAAGAUACGCCUCUUCUAUGAGGCUGCCCCGAUGGCGAUGCUUGUGGAGCAGGCUGGCGGUAUAGCCUCCACAGGCAAGGGCCGUGUGCUUGAUGUGGAACCGAAGGCGCUCCACCAGCGCGUGGCUGUGUACAUGGGUAGUAGGCAUGAAGUGAAUUUGUGCCUCUCAUUUCGGCAGAGGGAAGAAAAGAAGCCUGGGAGUAAGCUGUAA